AUGGGCCCCCCUCCAAUCAGAAGCUCAACGUCAAUUUCGGACGUGGACGUGUCAGCAUCGCAGCGCCCGUUGGAUACCACCAGCUUCGAUGAAACCUUCAGUGAAGGCAGCAGGCUCGAGGCUAGCUCGCACGCCCGCUCUCCCACAUUGAGUCUAUCACGACGUCGGCUGGAGGCUGCGGAUGGGAAAGACCGCAAGGUGGAAGCUUCAGCACACCCCACCCAUCCAACGGCAUUCCCAUCUUCUCUUCACAGCACUUUCAUCUCGCAAAUCGCUUCUCCCGCUGCUCUCACGAACGCCGUCGCCCUGGACUGGCAUAUCUGGUGCUAA